AUGCACUCACCGACUACUGACCACUGGGCCCUCGUCAAACGAGUUCUGCGCUACAUCAAAGGGACACUAAACUACGGCCUACGUCUAUCACCGUCCUCCUCUACCACCAUUCAUGCCUUCUCCGACUCCGACUGGGCUGGUUGUCCUAUUGAUAGGAAGAGUAUGAGUGGGUUUGCUGUUUACCUAGGGUCUAAUCUCAUAUCUUGGCUCUCCAAGAAGCAAUGCACUGUAGCACGCUCGUCCACUGAGGCAGAGUACAAGGCCCUGGCUGAUGUGUCCGCUGAGGAUAGCUUAUGGGGAAGGACAUGGAAGCUUAAGGUGCCUAACAAAAUGAGGGCAUUAUAUUCUUGUGGCUUUCUUGACAUGAGAUACUAG